AUGUCGCAAGAUACUGGCCUAUUCAGUAUCAGACGGCCCCGAGAAACACUCGGGAGUGUACAGAAUUACUCUGCGAUACCUCAGCCAGCCUCUGCGAUCAAGCGCGCCAGCUCGAUUGGCUUUAACAACCCGCCUUAUACCUCUCAGCAUGCCCGCUCCAACUCACUACUCAACUCGACGAGCCGACCGCAGCAGCCUAACUUCACCCGAAUGUCGAUGGCGGGGCCCGAAGCCGGUUUAUCUUCAGUCCGUCGAUCUGUGUCGAGCAAUAUGUUCCACGGCGCAAGCGCUGGGCGACAGAGCUUUGCGCCAGGUCCGCUUUCGUCCAAUUCCAUGUCGCAGCCAAAUUUGCAACGACGCAGCAGUGUCUUUUCGCGACCUUCAAUGGGAGGGCCAAUGGGUCACCAGUCAUUUUUCAACUCAGUCCCAGCUGUAGCGGGGGUGCCGCGAGAUCCUCGACCUCUCCGUGACCGAUCAUUUCAAGCACGCAUUGGACAAGAAUUGCUGGAAUACCUGACACACAACAAUUUCGAGUUGGAGAUGAAGCAUUCAUUGGGUCAAAAUACCUUACGGUCUCCUACACAGAAGGACUUCAAUUACAUAUUUCAGUUCCUCUAUCAUCGGAUCGAUCCAGGCUACAAGUUUCAAAAGUCCAUGGACGCAGAAGUACCGCCGAUCCUCAAACAGUUGCGUUAUCCGUUCGAGAAGGGCAUCACCAAAUCGCAAAUUUCAGCUGUGGGAGGUCAAAACUGGUCCACAUUUCUGGGAAUGCUGCACUGGCUCAUGCAAUUAGCGCAAUUGAUGCAGCGAUUCGGCAGUGGCGAGUACGAUGAAGCGUGCGCGGAAGCAGGCAUUGAUGUGACAGGCGAUCGCAUCAUUUUCCGCUUCCUCACGGGAGCCUAUCAUGAUUGGCUCCAAGGCGGCGAAGACGAGGAUGACGACACUGCAGAGCAAAGGCUCAUUCCACAUAUCGAAGCCAUGUCGCAGGAAUUCGCACGUGGAAACGAGAAAUUCGUCCAGCAAAUGGAGGCUCUAGAAGCGGAAAGUCAGGCGCUUCAAGAGCAAAUUCAGGAACUCGAGAAGAAUGCGCCAGAUAUGGCGAAGCUGGAUCAGCAUUUCCGAAUUCUCGAAGAUGAUACCCGGAAGUUCGAAGACUACAACCAAAACGUAAAGGGCAAAAUUGACAAGUAUGAGACUCGCAUCAAGUUCUUGGAGGCUGAAAUUCAGAAAGCCGACGGCGAGCUUCAAACGACGGAGAGUGAGCGUUCUGAACUCCAGGCAAGCGUCGAUCGUCAGGGGAUUACUAUCCAAGACAUUGACCGCAUGAACACUGAGCGGGAGCGACUGCAGAAGAGCCUUGAGGACAGCAUGGCUCGCUUGGAAGAAACCCACGCCCGCGUGAUGGAGAAAGAGGCGGAAGCGAGCCAGAAAUUGGAAGACUUGGAGCAGAUCGUCAAGGCCUACAACACCCUUGGUUACCAGACAAGCUUGAUUCCCUCUUCUGCCGAAAACGCCAAGGGCCUGGACUUUGAACUGACGCUCAAUGUCAACGAGAACAAUUUCUCCGCCAGCCAAAUUGGAAAUGCUCCUUCGCGAAUUUCAUCAGAGGGCGACCGCCUUCUGGCUGAGCCCUAUACGGGCUACCACCCAGCUCAUCUGCUGAACCUGGACCUUCGGGGCUCCAUCCGAAAUAGUCUUCAAUCGCUGCGCAAGGAAAUCAACGAGCGGCGAAAGAAGGCAAUCGACGAUGACCUUGAUCGCCGCAAUCUACUCGACAAUAUCAAGGAGGCAAUGGACGAAAAACGAAGUGAAGUUGAAGCUUUGGAACACCGGCGUCGGGCAGCGGAAGAGGAGUUUGAACGCACCAAGGAAAUCACCACCACGCAGAAGACCGCGUCGGAUGCACAGAUCGAGAAGAUGGAAAAAGAACUCGCAAAGAUGCGGGCCACGCUGAGUGACAGCGUGCAGUUGAUGGAACAGCGCGAGAUGAACACCAACAUCGAAUAUGAACAGUUAACGCUCCGCGCCAAUGCUCUACGAGAAGAACUUCACACCAAUGUCGAAACCAUGCUCAAUGAUGUCAUUCGAUUCAAGGUGCACGUCCAAAAGGGAUUGGAGGACUACGAAAGCUUCGUGGUCGACGAAGUUGAACAGGAGCUGGGUGGAGAGUUGUCUGCAGACGAGGAGGAAGAGCUGUAA